GGUAGCAGAAGUUUCCUUUCCAUGAUCCGUGGCGGUGACUCUGACUCUCACGCGCAUCUUCUUCUUCUUUUCCCAAAACCCACACGUUUCUCUUGCCUGAGACCCUCGCCGUCGGCGAUCGGAGCUUGGUGGCGCCGAUCGAUUCGGCAUCGCAGUUUCAUGGUGGCGUCGGCGGUUGCGGAGGUUUGAAAUUGAAACGGUGCGUUUUGCGUUGAAGAGAGAAAAUGAAUGGGAAUGGGGGAUUGAGCAACGUGGAGAUGGAGUACAUAAGAAGACACCACAGGCACCAGCCUGGUGAGAAUCAGUGUGCCUCUGCGCUUGUUAAGCAUAUAAGAGCACCGGUUCCUCAGGUCUGGUCCUUGGUGAGGAGGUUUGAUCAGCCACAGAAGUACAAGCCAUUUGUAAGUAGAUGUGUUGUUAGGGGAAACCUUGAGAUUGGGAGCCUGAGAGAAGUUGAUGUUAAGUCUGGGCUUCCUGCCACUACAAGUACUGAAAGAUUGGAACUCCUUGAUGACAAUGAGCAUAUUCUCAGCAUCAGAAUUAUUGGCGGUGAUCAUAGACUUAGGAACUACUCAUCUAUCAUGUCCCUCCACCCAGAAAUUAUUGAUGGAAGACCAGGUACACUGGUAAUUGAAUCUUUUGUGGUGGAUGUACCUGAGGGCAACACCAAAGAUGAGACCUGCUACUUCGUUGAGGCCUUAAUUAAGUGCAAUCUGAAGUCACUUGCUGAUGUUUCAGAAGGGCUUGCUGUGCGGGAUCGCACCGAACCAAUAGAUCGGGUAUAGGAGGUUUCGUUCAGAAGUUGCUGAGCAAUCGGCUGCCAUGGAUGAAGCUUCAGCGGCUUUCCUAUCUCGGAGGCUUAGGAGACGGACUGGCAAUUAUGCUGCUUCCAUUAGUAUAGAUUAGCAGUGUUCUUCAUUCCAUUUGCUCUAUUGAUUACCCUUGUGAUAUAUGCUGUUUACUCUCUAGCAGUUAAAAGAACAUUAUUUGAGACAGGUGACUGAAUCCAAUGAUGUAACAGGUGAAGGACCAGGUGCUUCUUGGAGAUGUUCAUGGUUUUUGUUUUGUGGUAUGUUCUUUAUUGUAUAUAGGUGGUGGUGAAACUCGGUCUGUAAAAUUAUUUUGAUUGGUCAGUUGUAGUUUCUAAUUGCAGUAGAAAUUAAACAUCUAGUGGGGAUUACUUAAUUCUUAUCACGGAGUUCCCUUUGGACUCGGUACAUACAUUGGGUUUUCCCCUUUUCUCUCUUUUGAUGGAAUGACAUAUAACUGAGGCUGGUCCUGUACAAGCUCUCAUACGGAACCCAAGUGGCUUGGCCGAUAGGAAGAGAAAGGGAAUAAAAGGGAUAGAAUAAUUUUGAGGUUUAAA